AUGUUUGGUAAUAACUCCUCGGGAAAUCAAAACUCGUCAUUUGGUACUGGUUCUGGCAUUGCAUUUGGCUCUUCAAAUACAGGAAAUAAAGAAAAUAGCAUCAAUAAUCAAAACAACACUACUGACUCACGACCCAAACCAUUCGGAUUUGGUCAAUCAAGCAACACAGGCUCUUCAAGCGCCUUUGGUUCAAAUAAUGCAUCCUCGUCUAAUGUAUUUGGAUCAAACAAUACAGGACCUUCAACAAACGCAUUUGGAUCAAAUAAUACAUCAACAAAUGCAUUCGGACUGAAUACUAAACCUAGUGCAUUUUCAUUUGGCUCAUCAACAACACAACAACCACAACAACAAUCUAAUUCAAGUCCGUUUGGUGCAACAACUUCAAAUACAAAUACUACUUCGGCAUUUGGUCAAUCAUCAACAUCUCAACCUAUAUUUGGUCAACAAAAUAAUUCAACAACUGGUAAUUCAAAUUCAAGUGGAUUUUCAUUUGGUGCUAAGAAAGAUGACUCGGCUACUCCUCAACCAGCUGUUGCAUCUAAUACUGGGAAUGGAUUAUUUGGGUCAAAUAAUAAAUCUACUACCUCAGGAUUUGGAAGUUUUGGUCAAUCGACGGGAUCUACUAGUAAUGCAUUUGGUAAUGCAUUUGGUGCCAAAAAAGAUGAUGAAACUACAAAACCACAAGCUUUUGGUUUUGGUUCAACCACUUCAAAUAAUAAUAAUGCAUUUUCAUUAGGUAAUAAAGAUUCAACAACACAAUCAAACGCUUUUGGAUCAACAACAACUUCAAAUGAUCCAUCAAAACCUGCAGCUACUGGGUUUUCAUUUGGUGCUGAUACUAAUAAAUCUGAGUCUACACCAAAGUCACAAUCACCAAUGUCAUUAGCUGGAACAGCAUCACCUCAACCUCAACCGUCAGGUUUUGCAUUUGGUGCUAAAAAAGAUGAAGAUAAAGAGAAACCUGCAGCUGGAGGAAUAUUUGGUGCAAAAAAAGAUGAUGAUAAACCUGCUACUAGCGGUUUUGCAUUCGGAGGUAAAAAAGAUGAUGAUAAACCAGCAACCAGUGGAUUUUCAUUUGGUGCGAAAAACGAUGAUGAGAAGGAAAAAUCAGCAACUCCAAGUGCCUUCUCAUUUGGAGGUAAAAAAGAUGAGGAAAAAGAGAAGUCGGCAACCCCAAGUGCCUUUUCAUUUGGUGCUAAGAAAGAUGAUGAAAAAGAAAAAUCAGCAACACCAACUGCAUUUUCAAUUGGAGGUAAAAAAGAUGAUGAAAAGAAAGAUGAUAAACCUGCAACUAGCGGCUUCUCCUUUGGUGCCAAAAAAGAUGAUGAUAAACCAGCAACAAGUGGGUUCUCAUUUGGUGCUAAAAAAGAUGAAGAUAAAGACAAACCUACAAGUGGUUUUUCUUUUGGUGCUAAAAAAGAUGAUGAUAAAGCUACAUCUGGUGGUUUUUCAUUUGGUGCCAAAAAGGACGAAGAAAAAGAUAAACCAACAACUGGUGGUUUUUCAUUUGGUGCAAAAAAGAAUGAAGAUAAAUCAGCAGCAAGUGGAUUCUCCUUUGGUGCUAGGAAAGAUGAAGAUAAACCUGCAACAAGUGGGUUCUCAUUCGGUGCUAAAAAAGAUGAAGAAAAACCUGCAACAAGUGGGUUUUCCUUUGGUGCUAAAAAAGAUGAUGAUAAAAAAGAUGAUAAAUCAACAACAACAGCUGCAAUAAAUACUGCUCCUUCAACUGCAAAUACCACAACAACCACAACUUCAUCAUCAUCUUCAUCAAAUCAACCAAAUUUAAAACCAACAAAAAUAGAACCAAUACCAAUAUCAAUUGAUAAUAAAAAUAUGGAUGAUUUAAUUUUAAAAUGGUCAAAACAAUUAAAUCAAACAACAAAAUUAUUUGAUCAAUAUACUACAAAAGUAAAAGAAUGGGAUUUACAAUUAAUUGAAAGUGGAGAUGCAAUAACUAAAUUAAAUCAAGAUUCGAUCGAAGUUGAAGCAUUAGAAUCUAAAAUUGAUCAACAAUUAUUAUUUGUUGAAAAUCAACAAGAUGAAUUGGAGAAAAUUUUGGAUAAUUAUGAACAACAAACUGAUAUUUUAAUUAAUAAUAUAGAAUUAAAUAAUAAUUCAGGAAGUGGUAAUGCCAAUAUAACUACUAAUCCUACUACUAAUACAACCACUGGUACAACAUCAUCAUUAUCAAAACCAAAUACUUCAACUACAUUAAUAAAAGAUGAUCAACCACAAUCAGCAAAUUAUCAAAUUAAUUCAAAUUUAAGUUUAACUGAUAAAUUAAGAGAAAAAGCAUAUUAUAAUGCAGAAUUAUUAGAUGAAAGAUUAGAUGGAUUAGGAGAAAAUUUAAAUACAUUAAUAAAUGAAGUAAAUUCAAUAAGUGAUGUAUUUAAUAAAAAUUUAAUAAAAAAUUUAAGUCAAUUAAAUAAUAAAAAUAAUGAACAAUCAAAAUUACAAAAUAAAGAUAAUGAUAAAAAAUUUAAUAAUAAUUCAAUUGAAGAAAUUAUACAAUUAUUAAAUUUACAUUUAGAAAAUUUGAAAUAUAUUGAAGAUAAAGAAAAUGUAUUGAAAAAGAAAUUAGAAACUAUUCAGAAGUAA